AUGGAGACAGAUAUAAGCCAAAUAUUAAACAGUCAGAAGAAAAGUUUAGCAUCACCAUACCAUGAUCAAGUGAUUCGAGAUGAAGAAAAAGAUUGCUGUCCCGUACCGGCAGCUCCAAGAUGUGAUUUUCUGCAUUCAACACAACUAGACCCAUUUCUGGAUUUUCAACCUUCGCAGAUUUUCCGGAGUUCUCAGUAUGGAAAUUCAACGCAGAGCAAACACCCAAAAAUGGAGGAAGUCAUUUUUGGCACUCCAGAAGAAAAGACACCAAACACUUCACGUUUACAAUUAUCCCAAAGACGACAGCUAUUCAAACUACCAACAAAGACAUCAUCUACUCAACUAAAUGGGGGCGAUAUUGUGUCCUUUCAUAACAAUAACAACCAAGGCGACAAUUCCCGCGUGCAACAGAUGUCUCAGUCUGAUAAAGAAUUUACGUCUAAUCAGCGAGAAAAUAAUAUUCAGAUUGUGACUCCAUCUGCCAUACCUUCGUUGAAGAAAAAUUACUAUACUCCUUCUCCACUUGUUUUAAACCAGGGAAAUGUUGCUGGAGUAAAGCUGAAAUCUGUAGAUGAAAUAGCUGAAAAAUACAGAAGCGUAUUCAGGUUUCCAUUCUUCAACAUCAUCCAGUCAAAAGUAUUUGACGAGGUUUUUUACAAGGACAACCCACUUGUUGUGUGUGCACCGACUGGCGCCGGGAAGACUGUCGUGUUCGAACUGGCAAUCAUUCGGUUGUUAAUGAAGAUGGAACAAAUGUCGUUCAACACGAAUUUCAAAAUCGUUUAUAUGGCUCCAAUAAAAGCUUUAUGCAGUGAGCGUUGCUCUGAUUGGUCAGAUAAGUUCGGAUGUUUCGGAUUGAAAUGCCAGGAACUGACCGGAGACUCUGAGCAGGAUGAUUACUACCACAUUCAACAAGUCAACAUCAUCUGCACCACUCCAGAAAAAUGGGACAGUAUGACUCGGAGAUGGAGAGACAAUAAAUUUAUUGUGCAGUCAAUUUGUCUCUUCUUCAUUGACGAGAUUCAUGUUUUAAGUGAUGCCACUCGAGGUGCAACAAUGGAAGCAGUAAUUUCAAGAAUGAAAACUAUUCAAGCGGCCAGGAUUAGAGCUGUUGAGGGUGUUGGACAAACAAUUCCUAAGCUAAGAUUUGUUGCUGUGUCUGCUACAAUACCAAAUAUAAAAGAUAUUGCAGAAUGGCUUGGAGACAAAAUGCCUGCAGUUCAUUUUAAUAUGGACGACAGUUUCCGACCAGUGCGUUUAAGAAAGGUGGUGCUGGGAUCCCCAUUUGACGAAAACAAGGGAUCUGAUUUCCAGUUUGACAUGUCAUUGAACUACAGACUUCCACGAAUUAUAAACACCUACUCUGAGAACAAACCAACUCUUGUGUUUUGUUCAACAAGAAAAAGUACCCAACAAGCUGCUGAGAUCCUGCUAAGAGAUAACGGAAGUACGUAUGUCAGAACUUAUUUCCAAAAAGAAGCAUUGCGGACGUGUGCCAAUUCCCUGAAAGACAAUAAACUCAGAGACCUUGUAGCACGAGGAGUGGGUUACCAUCACGCUGGUCUGGAUGUCCAUGACAGAAAAGCUAUAGAAGAAAUUUUUCUCGAGGGACAAUUGAUGGUGUUAGUGGCCACUAGUACACUAGCGAUGGGUGUUAAUCUCCCUGCUCAUCUUGUGAUCUUAAAGUCCACUUCAUAUUACAAUCUUGGUGUUCAUGUGGAAUACUCAGACACCCAGAUUCUGCAAAUGAUUGGCCGAGCUGGAAGACCACAGUUUGACACAACAGCUACUGCAGUAAUCAUGACUAAGAACCAUACAAAGGACAAAUAUGAAUCAUUGGUGAACGGAACGCAGCUGAUAGAGAGUAGUUUGCACAAAAAUCUUAUUGAACACUUGAAUGCAGAGAUAGUUUUGCACACGAUCAACGACAUUUCCAUAGCCAUGGAAUGGAUUCGAUAUACAUUUUUGUACAUUCGUGUCAUGAAAAAUCCGAAAAACUAUGGCAUGCCUGUUGGAUUAAACAAAGAACAGAUAGAAAAGAGGCUGCAGGAAUUAUGCAUGAAAAACUUGAACCUACUAAAUACUUAUGGAAUGAUCACAAUGGAUGAAGAAACCAUCGAAGUCAAACCAACUGAACCUGGGAAGCUGAUGGCAAGAUAUUGUAUUGCUUUUGAAACUAUGAAAAAGUUUUCCAAGCUAGGACCCACAGAAACAAUAAGCGAGCUGUUGUAUGAGCUAUCAGGAUGUGAGGAGUUUACAGAGGUACAGCUGAGGAAUAACGAGAAGAAAACCCUGAACACAUUUAACAGGGACAAGAACAGGGUCACGGUCAGGUAUCCUCUAACAGGCAAAGUGAAGACUAAGCAAAUGAAGGUUAACAUUCUUAUUCAAGUUGGUCUUGGGUGUCUCCUUUUACAAGACUUCUCCCUUCAGCAAGACACCACCAGAAUAUUCAGGGCAGCGCAAAGGGUGUCAAGAUGUUUGGUGGAAUUAUUAUGGCUCAAAGCUGAUUACAAGUCCCUGCUGAGUGCAGUCCAACUGAUGAAGUGUCUGAAAGCUAGGCUUUGGGAGGACUCGAAAUACAUUUCAAAACAGCUGGACGGCAUUGGCCCUGCUCUUUCAAAUGCGCUCGUCAACGCUGGGAUCACAACAUUUCAAAAGAUUUUAGAAUCAAAUCCAAGGGAACUAGAAUUGAUCGUUAACAGACACCCACCUUUUGGAAAUCAGCUGAGAGAUUUGGUGUCCUGUCUACCUAAAUAUGAACUGACAAUAGAACAGGUCAGCAAAUACCAUGAAAACCUGGCUGAUAUAGUCAUUCAUCUAGUCAUCAGCAAUCCAAAACAACUGGGGAUCCGGAAGACACUCCCAGAAAAUCACACAUGCGUACUUCUUAUUGGAGAUGAGGACAACAAAGUUAUCUACAAAAGGAAAAUAAUGGAUGUACUCUUGCUAAAGGAACAUGGAAUUACAAAGAAAUUGGAAAUAAAACGAGCAGCAAAAGGACCAGAAUUGUUUAUAAACCUGAUCAGUCAAGAAUGGGUUGGACUUGAUGUGCAGAUCACUUACACUCCUUAUUACAUCGGAGCAAAGAAAGUUUCAAACAUUUCAAAUGCAGUGGAAUCAGUUCCCAAAUGUCAGGUUGAUAACCAAAAAGGAACGUCGUCUUGUACAGAUGUUCGAAAGGCAUGUGGUCAUAGAUGUUUGAAUAAGUCCUUGUGUGGACAUGAGUGCUGUAGAAAUGGAGUGACAAAGCAAAGGCCUUCAAAGACUACUAGUAAAACACAUGUUGUCUCAAAACCCAAGCUAAUGGAUUCAUAUAUAAGUAAUGUAAAAAGCAGAGUUCCAGAAACGCCAAACCACGCCAAGCGUUUGAAGAUGUCAGGUUCCACCAAUCUAGGUCCAAAACUUGAUCUAAAUAAAUUUGCCUAUCAACCACAAACAAAGAGAAUGCCAUCUAUCCAUAAUUCUGAGAUUGAUGAAACUAUUGUAAGUGAAGUAGAGGGAAGAACUUUGCUGGAUUUAGAAUGUGUGCAUCCAAAUACUCCACAUGAGCAACUAGCGAACAGAAACGUGCCUUUCUCUCCUAGUGAAGAUUGGGCAGACUUAGAUAUGUAUAUGAAACAUCAGUAUUCAGUUGAUGACGAAUUGUCAGACCUAGAAGACCAAUCCUGCAAUAUUGGCGUUGAAGCAGAAUUUGAAAGAUCACAAGAAAAAGCUCUUGACGACCAUAUGCUACCUUAUAUCCCCGCCACACCGAGAUUUGGUCAGGUUGUUGCAUGGAGUAACAAUAAAGAUAAUAUCAGACCAUCUUCCAUUGCUAACGAAAAGGACGAAAAACAGAAAUGCACUCAAGCAUUAUGGGGUCUUAAUCAAGAUACUUUGGCUGCACUGACAACAUCCAAUAGGAAUAGUAAUACGGGGUAUUUUAAUCAGGAGGCGUGGCGUAAUACAAGAGAACAUCAAAACGACUUUCCAAAUAUGGAUAACCACCCUGCUGACCCAAAUCAAACUAAGUGUAUUAACAGACAGAUAGACAUAAGUAACAGUGAGAAUAUAGACAUUCCUUACGAGGGAUAUUCUCAUACUAAUCGAAGAACAGAAUCCCUUCCUCAGACAGAAUUGCUAUAUAAAAACCAGUGGACCAGCAGGAAUGUAUUGGAAAAUCAACAACAACUGGAGAAACAAAAGACAUGUCCUGAAACAAUGACCAACGAAACAACUGAUGAUUGGAGUGGAAGCGAAAGCGAUUUUAUCACCGUUGAUGACCCUGAUUCAAGAAGAAGUUUCUAUGGCGACAGUGCAGCAGAUCAAAGAAAUUUCGCAACAAUCUCACCAGAAGACGAAUUCUGUCAAGACUCGCUCUCUCCAAGAACACGUUGUUGUGGGAAAUCGGAGAAACUAAGAAAAGCUGAGCACGAAAUGGAACAGUUUUUGUUUGGGUCUAUCGGUCAUUCAAAAGACUUGUACUUAGAAAAAGAGGAUGAUAAUUCUGACAAACGUGAACAUCAGAAAAGCUGGGUCAUCAAUCACAAAGCCAAGAGUAAUCCACAAGAAAAUAUACAAAUUAAAAACAUGCAACCAAUAAAGUCUGAUGAUUGUAUGGCCGAUGAAAUGGUCUAUUUGCCGAAGACCAGAUCUCUUACCAAUUCCACACCGAUCAGACGCGGAACAUUCAGUAGCAUAUUUGAUAACUUAUUUUAAGUGAGCUUUGUGGUCUCCAGUGAGAAUAUUGUA